AUGGCUACUCCGGAAGCCUGUCUCGUUCCACUCAGUUUCCCGGAUGGGUCAGCUUCCUAUACCUCCCCCAACGGAGAUAAAAUUCUUGGAUCAGUUAAUGGCCCUAUCGAAGUUGGCCGUCGAGACGCUCAGAAGCCGGAGGAGGCUACAAUAGAGGUCCUCGUUAAGCCAGGUGCUGGCAUGAGUGGCGUUGGUGAGCGAUAUGUUGAAGGGAUUUUGCGGAGCAUCCUGAGUAGAGUUAUACUGGUACGGGAAAAGUCUAUGCCUAGAAGGGGAAUUGUAAUCACCUUGGUUGUUUUGGAGAAUAAGGGAGCGGAUGGAAAGGUUACCAAACGCGGUGGAUCUUGUCUUCCGAUUCUACCUUCGCUGUUGCACACGUCUCUACUUGCUCUGCUAUCUGCAGCCAUCCCUCUCUCUAUGAUAUUCACUUCCUUAUUAGUCGCGGUAUCCGGGACUGGCGAACUGAUUCAGCACCCUUCAUAUGACUGUAUCAAAACUGCUGCAUCCUUACAUGUUCUGGCAUUCUCAUCUAAAGGCCAUCUACUUCUUAAUGAAAGUGAAGGUGAAUUUUGCCUUGAUACGUGGGAUAAGGUCUACGAACUAGCCGAAUCUGCAUGUCGAGGAGGCGCAGAGUUUCGAAAAGGAAAUGGCGAUGUUGAAAUGAGCGGUAGGAAGACUGGACAAACCCUUGAACAGAUUGUCAGAGAUACUGUGGAGGAUAAGCUUCGUGAAGACUUUGCAUGGAAAAUCGCUGCGGCUUAA